AUGGCCGGCUAUUGGUUGACGGAAGUGAUCCCAAUUUACGUUACCGCCUUACUACCGGUUGUUCUUGGUCCAGUGCUUGGUUUGAUGAGGUCCAACCAGGUUUGCGAGGCGUACAUGAAGGAUACAAAUAUGCUGUUCAUCGGUGGACUUUUUGUGGCCACGGCAAUUGAGCACCGAGGUUUGCACAAGCGCAUCGCAAUCUCAGUGCUUCGAAUUGUUGGAAGUGAUCCAAAAAUGUUGAUGCUUGGAUUCAUGAUACCCACUUGGUUUCUGUCAAUGUGGAUGAGUAAUACGGCAACCACAGCCAUGAUGAUCACCAUUGUCGAAGCCGUGCUACAAAGCUUAGCUUCCAUUGAAGAAACUCUACAACAAACUGAAGGAGCAGGAGCUGGGAAUGGAACACAAAAGCGCGAGAUGCCGCAGAUGUUAGAACAAGCCAUAAAAACUGCAGUUGCAACCCGUCCGGACUAUUCAUCUGCAGAACAGCACCCAGAUCUUCACCAGGCAUUGAACACAGGAAUGGUCGAGGUACAAUCCGCAGAUUAUAAGAAAGCGGAAAAUGACACAGUGAAUCAAAUGAAAGCGAUGAGAAAGCUUUCGAUUGGGCUCAGUUUGAGUAUAUGUUAUUCAUCCACGUGUGGUGGUAUUGCAACUAUUACAGGGACCGCACCGAAUUCCAUUCUGUUUGGCUUGGUGAACGGAGGCUUUUGUCGUAGAUCCCGUGGAUCCAAACGAGAUGCAUUGGUGAAGGAUGUUAUUGCACAACAAGCAAGAAUGCUAGGAAAAUUUACAUAUGCUGAAGGCAUGUGCUGCUUCCUGUUCCUGCUUAUCACACUCCUUUGGGUCACUCGAAAUGCCGGUCGCGCUGGAUGGAAUCGAUUUUUCAAAUACAACGGUGAGAGUUACGUGACGGAUGCACAACCUGCAAUCCUCGUAUCGCUUAUUGCUCUCAUCUUCCCAGCAGUUGGUCCUCUCGAGUUGUGGCGCUAUCAUUAUCACCAUUAUAAAAACCCUACAGCUGCUGUGGAUUUCCCUAAUCAGUUCCUUCUUCCGUGGCACGUGGCUCAAAAAAAUAUCCCUUGGGGUGUGAUGUUUGUCCUUGGUGGCGGGUUCGCGCUUUCUGAUAUUUGUCAGCUAUCUGGAUUGUCAGCGGAAAUCGGGAACUUCNUCCUCGGAAAACGUUUUGCUGGACUUUCAGUGAUGACAUUGGUCGUUGUUUGCUCUGUUUGCGCCGCGGCGUUGACCGAACUGACUUCAAAUGCGGCAACUGCCUCCAUUCUGCUCCCGAUCAUGUUCAGUCUACUCCGCAGUGGCAUAUUUCUCAACCUGAUGGGUAGUGUUGUCUCCAUUGCGGCUAUGGCCACUUACACGAAACCUCUGUUUGGUUUGAAUGAAUUCCCGAUAUGGGCUAUGAAUACCACGGACUAUGUACGUCAAGUGUGA